UUGAUUUUGAUAACAAAAAAUUUCAAGAUGGAAGAAGAGCAUGAUGAAUUGAGAUAUGUGUGUAAGUUGUGUGAUAAAAGGUAUCCAAGUGGGAAAUCAUUAGGUGGACAUAUGAGGUCUCAUGUAAUUGCUGCUGCUGUUAAUUUAGCAGAAUCAGAUGAUAAAUUUGAGCAAGUUAAAAAGAUUUCAACUCUGAUUAUAAAUGGUAAUGAAAAUGCGAAUUCGAAUUCGUAUGGAUUAAGAGAGAAUCCUAAAAAGAGUUGGAGAGCAGUUGGUUCAUCAUCAUCAACUUUACCUUUCCCAAAUGAGAAAGUUUGUAAACAAUGUGGUAAAGGAUUUCAAUCUUUAAAAGCUUUAUGUGGUCAUAUGGCUUUUCAUUCUGACAAAGAUAGAAGUUUGAAGGAUUAUGAUCAUUCUUGGACUGUUACAAGUGACAAUCUGGAUAAUGAUCAAGAUAAGUUGUUGAUUGAAGACAGUCAUUCGGAUACCGAAGAAAACGAGCUUGGACAAGAUGAUAAUGAUGAUGAGGAGGAUGAUCCUGUUUGUGUUACAAGGUCCAAAACAAAAAGGUACAAGAAACUUGUGGUGAAACCAUCUUGUUAUUCUUUGAAUUAUGCUAAUUGUACUAGUAAUAAUAGUAAUUACAAUAAUGGGUCAUCUUCUGUUUCUGAAAUUGAUGAACUUGAACAAGAAGAACUAGCAAUUUGUUUGAUGAUGUUAUCUAAGGAUUCUACUAAUUGGGGUGGUGUUAAUUCUGUUGUGGAAUCCUCUGACAAUAAUUCAGUUGUAGAGACUAAAUUGUCUUCAAUGGAGUUAAAGAACUGUAGAAAGGAAUGGAAUAUGGCUAAGAAUGAGACUGAGAGUUACCCGUUUGAGAAUUCGAAUACUGAGUAUUGUAAGAAUGGAACCAAGAAAGUGGAAUCUGAUAUUUCAGUUGAGGAGCAACUUAGGAAUGGUGAUCAACAGAAGAAUGCAUCAAAAGAGGAUAAUGGUUUUGACUACAAAAACUUAACAUAUGCAGAAAAGCAAGAAAUUAGAAGGAAUUUGUUUAGGGAAUUUGGUUAUGAUGAGUUUUUAGAGAAGAGGAUUCGAGAUAGUGAUGAUUCGUAUUAUCCAGACAGGGAAGGACCAUAUAAGAAGAAAAACAAGUAUGAAUGUAUGAACUGCAACAAAGUUUUUAGCUCUUUUCAAGGGCUUGGAGGACAUAGGCCCUGCCACAAAAAGAACAAUGCUUUUGGUUCGGGUGGAAACAGUUCAGAUGUCGAAUAUGCCCGUAGUCAAAAGGCUAAGUAUGAAAAGAAAAUCAAGCCAAAAAAGAACAAAGGACAUGAAUGCCCAAUCUGUUUUAGGAUGUUUAAAUCAGGGCAAGCUUUAGGGGGUCACAAAAGGUCUCAUUUCCUCAAUGGCACUGCAGAUAGGAUGGAUUAUAUGGCACCAAUUGGAUAUGAGGAACCAGUAUAUAAUGAUAUGAUUGAUCUUAAUCUUCCAGCUCCAGAAGAGGACUAGGCUCAGAAAUCCUGCAGUUUGGGCUCGUUUUUGCUUGUUUACCAAAGGAUAUUGGUGAGGUGAGAGUUCAAUCUUUCAUCUUACUCUUUAGACUGUUUUUUUCGUUUAUAACUUUUGCACAUUUUCUCCAAUUCAUUCAAAAGAGCAUUUUAAGUUGAAUUCCCAGUUUUGUUUUAUAAGUUGUUUCAAGAUACUGUGAUGCUUCUUAUUCAUCCAACUCUUGAAU